AUUGACUCGUCGUCGUCGAUAACUUUUCCUUACUGCGUGAGUCCCGUUUUGGCGCCGAGUUUGUUCACCUCACUGACGUCAUUCAGAUGUGACGGACAGUCGGCGCAGAAGAUUUAAAAUAUAUAUAUAUAUUUUUUUUUUUUUCAGAGAAUCUUGAGGAUUGUUUGUGAAUGCUACGUGUCUUAUAUGUAAUAAUAUACAUGUUUUUUUACACAAUUGCUUUGACGGUUAACCAAUCGGGAGAUCAGGAGGAAGGCCAAACAGGAAGCAGGGUAGCCCAGCAGUGAAACCCUAGAACCGCCAAAAUCACAGAUCAACCUCGUCAGAAGACAUGUCGGUGUGGCGCUGCAUGAUCUGUAUCAUUUUUGUGGCUUUUAGAUUGAAGAAUCUUCUUAGCCACAUUAAUGUCACACAUGGUCGUAAUGCAGAAUUUUGGGUUUUCUGUGGGAUUGAUGGCUGUGAGCAAGAGUUCAGAGUUUUUAACUCAUUUUAUCGUCACCUGAAACGAACGCAUCCCCUGUAUGUAACGUCUGGAUGUCCACCAUGUCAAUGGAGAACGACACCCACAUCCGCACCACCUUUAUUAGAAAACUUCGGCGUAUCGAUAUUUGGCAAUUCUAUGACUCCUUCCAUGGACAGCUCCAUGGAAUCAUCACCUGACCUUCUCGAACUUGGAACGCAGGACCCACCAGAGAUGCCUGAGGCCCAAUCAAGCAAUGCAGGAGAAGCUGCAGCUCCAACAUCUGUCACCGGGCCUGACAUUGCCAGAUCUGCAGCAGCUUUUGCCAUAAGUGUUCGUGAACAAUGCCACCUGUCACAGAGGACUGUCAACAACAUCAUCACAGGGGUACAGCAAUAUCAAGCCACUCUUCUGGAAACAUUGAGGAAUAAAAUGAGAGAAGUAUUUGAAGAACACACCGGGACAUCUCAGCUUCAAGAUGCAGCACUGGCUACAUUUGAUAAUUUCAUUGAUCCCUUCUCCACUACUACAAAUGGACUGGAAAGAGCUGUUUCAGAACAUUUCAGUCCAGUGAGUCCAGAAGAAGUCGUUGUCUCUCAGACAAUUUGUCGGGUCAAAAAGGGCAGUUCAAGAGUUAUGGCCAUACGAAAAAGAGGUUUUUACUAUGUGCCACUAAUUGAAAGCCUUAAGCAACUUCUUUCUGAUUCGCGAAUCUUUACCAUGUUUAAUACUGUACCACCAAGAAGCCGAGAGGGAUACUUAUAUGACUUUGUUGAUGGGGAUAUGUUCAGAAACCAUCCAUUGUAUUCUAGGAAGCCCAACGCAUUGCAAUUAAUUCUGUAUACAGAUGAGAUCGAAAUAUGCAAUCCCCUGGGUUCUUACACUAGAGCAAACAAAUUGUUAAUGGUUUAUUACAGCUUAGGUAAUAUUGAUCCCAAAUUUAGGUCUAAAUUAGCAGCAAUACGACUCCUGGCUAUUGCAAAAGCUGAAUAUGUGAAGAAGUGGGGUGUUGAUGCGGUUUUACAAAGAAUUCUGAAAGACAUGGAUUUACUCUAUAAUGGUGUUAAAAUUGAAACAAAAAACGGUGAUAUGGACUUAUAUGGUGCUGUGAUAGCUUUGUGUGGAGACACACUUGCCCAACAUGAGCUUGCUGGGUUUAAAGAAGGGGUUGGUUUUGCGUAUCGCAAGUGCAGGCACUGCGAAUGUACUUUUGAAGAUAUGCAAACAAGUUUUGAUGAGAAUGAGUUUGUCCAAAGAACUCAUGCGAAGCACAUUAGGCAAUGUUUUGAAAUAGAUAAAGCCAGCACAGAUAAUUUACAGGCCAACCUCAAAACCACUUAUGGAAUAAACAGAAGGAGCAGACUUAUUGAUUUUCCUGCAUUUGAUAUAAUCCAACAAACUCCUCAGGAUAUAAUGCACGUAAUCUUUGAAGGUGUCGCACCGAUGGAAAUUAAGCUUGUGUUAAAAAAACUUAUUUUGUCAGGAGACAUAGAAUUAGAUGCAUUCAAUUCGGCUCUUCAGAAUUUUCCUUAUUCACCUCUUGAUGUACGUGAUAAGCCUUGCCCUAUCAGGCCCCGUCCACACGAAGCCGAUUUCAUGGCGAAACCGCAAAGGUCUUGUACGGUUCGGCCUUCCGUCCACACGAAGCCGGCGAAUCCGCUGACCGAAACCGCAAACUUCUGAAACCACCCUCGGAGGUGGUUUCAAAUCUAUCCGGUUUCGUUUUGGUUUCGUGUGGACGCCUGAAACCGACUGAAACCGCAAACCAUGACAUCAUCGCCCCACCCCUCGACCUCCUAGCCAAUGGCUCUUAAGCCCGCGGAGUCUCAGAAAUCACAACAAAAAAGAUGAUGGCGGACUACAAGCUUGUAAUCGUUCUGCAGCAUAUCAUGUCCCUUGUUGGGUUGCUAAGCCAUUAUUUAUUGAGAAUCUAGUUCGCCAUCGUAGAAGAGCUGUUUGUUUGUGUUGUUAGUGGUUCGGGGGGCAGCCUUUAUGCGCAUGCUCGCCUCUUCUUCUUCUGGAUUUGUGUACCAGAAGCAGCGCCCCUUAUGGGCCUGGAAUGUUUACUACAGCGUUUCUACAGAUCUAUCCGGUUUCGCUUGGCUUCGUCUUUACGGAGAUACUUCGAAACCGGAUAGAUCGAAACCGUAACGGUUUCGCCCGUUUCGGCUUCGUGUGGACGGGGCCUCAGUGUGACCACUUUAACUUCUAAUGACAACAAAUUGAAGCAAACAUGUGGGCAGAUGUUAAUACUUAUAAAAAUACUACCUUUUCUUUGGGGAGAUGUGGACAAUGAGUAUGUUACAUUUAUUAAUACAUUGAUUGAAAUAGUACAGAUAGUACUUGCUCCAGUAAUUUCUUUACAAACAAUAUCACAGCUCAAAAUUAUGAUCGAAAAACAUUUGAAUCAAUUCAAACACCUUUUCCCUGAGAGUAAUGUAAUACCUAAGCAGCAUUACAUGUUGCAUCUACCCAGACAAAUCAAAUCCCUUGGUCCUUUGAUAAG